AUGAUGUUGGUGCUCCACUUUUCCGACGGUGGUCGUUUGCGGAUUCCAUGCCAGCGGUUCCUCAAGCACGAGGGCCGGGCAUUUUAUCGAGUGGUGCUCAAUGGAAAGCGCCCCAUGCGUGUUCUUGUUCGGGCCACGCGCGCUGUUGGCCGCAAAAAGGGAGACCUCCGCGGAACGCUGCGUGGCACCUAUCGACAGAUUUUCAAGCUCUCGUGUGGUAUCGUUCUCGUGUAUCUGAGCGCGGCUUCGGUGUUCACGCACGUGCUUGGCUCGAUUGUGGUGCUGCCGGCCGUAUAUGUUGGUCUGACAGUUGCAGUGUUGGUGUUUUCGGUGGAAGUCUUCUUCCCGGGCCAAGUGGUUACGGCAAGGCAGAUCAAACCAAAGGAUGAACAUCAGCUGGGCAACUGGAACUUUACCAUUGUGGCCCUCGAAGCAUCCGACUCCGAGCGAUUGGAAAAUACUAGCAAUAAGGCAAUGCAGGAAGCGGCAGCUAUCAAGGUCCCACCAGCUUUCGUCGUGGCGGAGAACGGAGAUGUCGCCAAGGCGACGGAGCGCUACCAGAACACUCUGGCGUGGAGGAAAGAAGUGCUGGCUGACUCCAUUCUAACCAUGCCGCAGACGCACUACGACACUAUCAAAGCGAACUAUACGCAAUUCCUCCACAAGCACGACAAGCUCGGUCACCCGCUCUACGUCGAGAAGGUCGGCUCCAUCAACAUUCCGCAGCUCAAGAAGGCUGGCGUCUCACAGGAAGCGCUGUUCAAACACUAUUUAUUCGCCAUGGAGUUCACGAUCAAGUACGCGGCCCACCAGAUAUGCCCGUGCGACGCAUGUGCAUCCAGUGAGACACAAAAGAUGUGCAUCGUGCUGGACGCACGCGGCAUCGGGAUGCGUGACAUGGGCGGCGAGGCGUUCGAGUUCAUCCGACGCUGCACGAGCGUGAUGCAGCGCCACUACCCGCAGCGGUCGUUCAAGAUCUUCAUCGUGAACGUUCCGUCGUGGUUCGGUAUGGCGUGGAAGGGGGUGAAGCCGCUGCUGAACGAAGCUACCCGCGCCAAGACGAACAUUUUGACAGAGAGUGAAACUGCGGGUGCACUGUUGGAGUUCAUCGAUGCGGAGAGUCUUCCGGUGGAGUACGGCGGUACGUGUUCGUGUGCUGGAGGAUGUGAGACGAGCUCUUCGUAUCAGCGAUUGCAACGAGCGUUGGUGCAGAGUGUGUUGGAAUGCAAGCCAUUUGAAGCAGACGAGCUGAUGCAAUCUAUCGCAGUGGAGCGCUCGGGUAAGAGUCGUUCAAGUAGUGAAGCUGAUGCGUCCUCAUCAGCUACGCCUGCGUCUUCGCCGCCGCCCGUAAUGGGGCCCAUCAAGCGCGAGACGUCUGCCACUGCUGUUCUGGACCAGCUCUUCCGAAUCGGCAGUAGCAGCACCGAUGACGGCUUCACGCUGGACGGAGUGGACGACGAGGGGUUCUGUCGCUCCAUCCCAGCAGGGUUCUUCAGCGAGGAAGUGCUCAAGGCCGGCUACCUGCUCAAGCGGUCGCUGCGGCACAAGCAGUUCAACCCGAUCUGGCACCGCCAGCUCUUCAUCCUCCACCCGCAGUUCCUCCGGUUCGCCAAGACGCUCGACUCGGAGAUCUACCAGAUCGUGUCGCUCACGCACGAUACCGUGGUGCAGAAGACCACCAAGCAGAACAACAGCUUCGAGAUCGUCACGCCGCUGAUGGCCGCCAACGGCCACUCGCUGCUGCUGUACGCGCCGACGCCCAGCGUUCUCAACACGUGGGUAGACGCCAUCCAGGGCGCCAUCGAGCAGAUGAAGCUCCGCGCGCCCACGCCCGCGGCCAGCCCCGAGCGGUCCCCGAUCGUAUCGCCCAGGGCCAAGCAGGAAGCCAGUCCGGAGCCCGACGACCUGCCGACAGCUCUCAAUGCGCACGAAACUCCGAGGUGA